CGCUGAUGCCCGUACCUAACCGCCCGAACAUGCUCGUGCCGCAACAGUUCUCGAAGCAGAAAAGCUUCUUCCACCGCCGUUCCGACCAACUGAUGCAGACCGAGUGCGGCAUUCCGCAGACCUCUCAGAACACCCUGCAGAAGCGCAUCAUCGGCGGACGGACGGCCAACUUUGCCGAGUAUCCGUGGCAGGCGCACAUACGGAUCGCCGAGUACCAGUGCGGCGGUGUCCUGGUGUCGCGGAGGUUCGUGGCCACCGCAGCCCACUGCAUACAGCAGGCCCGCCUGAAGGACAUCGUCAUCUAUCUGGGCGAGCUGGACACGCAGAACUCGGGCAAAAUCAUGGAACCACUGCCGGCCGAGAAGCACCGCGUCGAGCUGAAGAUCGUGCACCCGAAGUUCAUCUUCCGCAUGACCCAGCCCGAUCGGUACGAUCUGGCGCUGCUGAAGCUGACGCGCCCGGCCGGCUACAAGUCGCACAUCCUUCCGAUCUGCCUACCGAUGCGCCCGCUCGAUCUGGUCGGCCGGAAGGGCAUUAUCGCCGGGUGGGGCAAAACGAACGCCAACAUGGGACAAACGGGAACCAACAUUCUGCACACGGCUGCGGUUCCUAUCAUAAGUACAAAAGAGUGUCUGCGAUGGCACAAGAGUAAAAAGAUCAACGUUGAGCUGUUCAACGAAAUGUUCUGCGCCGGGCACUCCGAUGGCCAUCAGGACGCGUGCUUAGGCGAUUCGGGCGGCCCACUGAUCAUCAACGAUCGUGGACGGUACACACUGAUCGGGAUUACUAGUGCCGGCUUCGGCUGCGGAGUCGAUCAUCAACCCGGCAUCUACCAUAACGUUCAGAAGACGAUCAAAUGGAUACAGAGCGUAGUGAUGGCUGGGCCCGCGGGUGUGAUGGCGAUGUGGCCGUUGCUGGUGGUGGUGAUGGUGGUCGGGUUGGCCGGGGCACAGAGUGGACCGUCGCCUCAGCAGGAACAGGAUAUACUGCUACUCGAUGCGCUCGGCAAGCGCCAAACGUUCAACGGGGAAGACUUUGGUCAAAACUCCAUCAUCGAGCUGCUGGGCAGAAUGAUCCCCCAGACGUGCCGCCACAAGGGCCGCAAGUUCGAGUGCGGCCUCUCGCUGUCCUGCGUGCUGGGCGGCGGCAAACCGCUCGAUCUCUGCUCGGGCGGCAUGAUCUGGUCGUGCUGCAUCGAUCGCGAGUUCGUGCCGGAGAACGACCCCGAGCAGGGCGCCGUACACAAUGCCAGUUGCGGGGAGCUGUACACCCGGACGAACCGGAUCGUCGGGGGCCACUCGAGCGGGUUCGGGACGCAUCCGUGGCAGGCGGCUCUCAUCAAGUCGGGCUUCCUGACGAAAAAGCUGAGCUGCGGUGGAGCCCUCAUCUCGAAUCGCUGGGUCGUGACGGCGGCUCACUGUGUGGCGACGACCCCGAACAGCAACCUCAAGGUACGGCUCGGGGAGUGGGACGUGCGGGAUCAGGAGGAACGGCUGACGCACGAGGAGUACUCGAUCGAGCGGAAGGAGGUCCAUCCGAACUACUCACCGAGUGACUUCCGGAACGACAUCGCACUGGUCAAACUGGAUCGCAAAGUCGUCUUCCGGCAGCACAUCCUGCCGGUGUGUUUGCCACCGAAAACCGUGAAGCUGGUGGGCAAAAUGGCGACCGUCGCAGGCUGGGGUCGAACGCGGCACGGCCAGAGCACGGUACCGUCCGUGCUGCAGGAGGUGGACGUGGAGGUGAUACCGAACGAGCGGUGCCAGCGGUGGUUCCGGGCGGCGGGACGGCGUGAAACGAUCCACGAUGUGUUUCUGUGCGCCGGCUACAAGGAGGGUGGCCGGGACAGCUGCCAGGGUGACUCGGGGGGGCCGCUGACCCUGUCGAUCGAUGGCCGCAAGACGCUGAUCGGGCUGGUGUCUUGGGGCAUCGGGUGCGGCCGGGAGCACCUGCCGGGGGUCUACACCAACAUCCAGAAGUUCGUCCCGUGGGUCGAGAAGGUGAUGGGGAAGGAGUACUGAGCCCGGGCCCGGCCUCAGGUGGUAGAUGCUAAAGGGCGAGAGAGAUACUAGCGGUUAAGCUGUUAGGUGGUAAGCGAGCAGGACCUA